AUGCCUGUAACACCGCUACGCCUCAUCUCGAAAUCGCAGAACGGAGUCGGCGCGUUCGUGCUCCAAUGCAAACGUCUCGAGUUCAACUACUGCGACUGGGCGGGUAGCAGUCGCGGGAUGAACGCUUUCCUGAAGCACCACCUGCCGGCCUUUGCGAAGGCGAACCCCGCGAUCGAGAUCACCGUGUCGCCGCGGCCACAUAAGCACCCGAUCAUCCGCGGCGAGUACAUCAACGGCCGUGAGAAGGUCAUCUGCGUACGCAAUCUGGAACACAACCAGGUGCUGGCUAAGGCGGAGCUGCUGCGGAACUCGUCGGGACUGAAGUUGCGCAGAGUGACGAAGCCUGUUUUCAGUGCGAACGCGAGUGUGCGUGGUGUUUUCUCGCCAUUCCACGGUGCUGGGCACAAGAUAUAG